UCAGCUGCUUUGACAGAAGUACAAGCAGAGGAAAGGCUUCCUGAGAGGCAGACAGAGUAGCCGAAGACUGACCUUUCCUAAGUGCUGCUGACUGGUGUGUCACAUUGACCUGCCGUUGACUUAACAAAAUGAAGUUUUAGGCGAAAGAGUUAUAUGAGGUGGAGGAAAGCGAGAAGUAAAGGAAGGAGGAGGGGGAGAGUAAGGAGGACAGUGGUGAGUGUAGUGGAGUGUGUUACAGCAGAAACAGAAGGAGAUAAAUCUCUCUGUGGCACUGAACAAGAACAGAUGAAGAAGUGGCACCGGGGGGCCGGCGGUCAGCAGCGACAGCGUGGCUUUUGCUCCCUCGACCUCCCGCUGAGAAGGGGGCACGUCUUCCUCUGCACCCCAUGGAUCUUAACUCCAACCCAGGGGGAGACAGAGAGCGGAUGACAGCCAACCAUGAGACCUACCUUCUUAUGGCCAGCACCCAGAAUGACAUGGAGGAUUGGGUGAAGACGAUCCGCAGGGUCAUCUGGGCUCCUUUUGGUGGAGGGAUCUUUGGUCAGAAGUUAGAGGAAACUGUACGCUAUGAGCGGCGGUUUGGGAACAAGCUGGCCCCUAUGCUGGUCGAGCAGUGUGUGGAUUUCAUCCGGCAGUGGGGCCUUCGGGAGGAGGGCCUAUUCAGGCUGCCGGGACAGGCCAACCUGGUCAAAGAGCUGCAGGAUGCUUUCGACUGUGGAGAAAAACCCUCCUUUGAUUGUAACACAGACGUGCACACAGUAGCCUCUCUACUGAAGCUGUAUCUCAGAGAGCUGCCCGAGCCCGUUGUCCCCUUCCACAAGUAUGAUGACUUUCUGGCCUGUGCCAAGCUCCUCAGCAAAGAUGAUGAAAUGGGUAUGAAGGAGCUGAAAAAGCUUGUGGAAAAUCUACCUCCAGUGAACUACAACCUUCUCAAGUACAUCUGCAGAUUUCUAGAUGAAGUCCAGUCAUAUUCAGGAGUGAAUAAAAUGAGCGUCCAAAACUUGGCUACAGUCUUUGGGCCAAAUAUCUUGAGGCCGAAAGUUGAGGAUCCAGUCGCUAUUAUGGAAGGCACUGUUCUGGUCCAGCAGCUCAUGGCCGUUUUGAUUGGCCGCCACGAUGUGCUCUUUCCCCUGAGUGAGGACAGCCCCUCGGCCCUCGAGCUCGUCAACAACAACAACGUCGAGCUACAACGGCGACAAGCCAGCACAACUACCUCCGCCGUCACUACAGCGUCUCAGAACACCGAGAACAACAACACACAGGUGGUGCGGCAGUGUGUUUGGGAAACACCUGAAUCUCCUUCGCACCGCCAACAUUUAGACAACAGUGGCUCCCCGCGACCGGCAAGCCCUCGCAAUGGUGUCAUAGGACGUUUUGACGUCACCCGCAGUCCACCACUGACUGUUAAAAAGAACCCUGCUUUUAGUAAAGGCAGUGGGAUUGUAACAAACGGCUCUUUCAGCUCCUCACCAUCUUCAGACCCCUGUCAGGAAAAGAGCCAGACUUUGAGUGGUGGUGGGAGUUUACCAUUGCGGCGCAAUGGGGCGCUUAAGGGCUCUGGUACAAAAAUGGGCACCAGUGGCGUGACGAGUGGAAGCAGCUCUGGAGGGAAUGGAGUUGUGCGCAUGGGAAUUUCUGGUACCGAUGUGGUCACAGGGAACAGCCGCAAUGGUCUUUGGGUACCAAACGGCUGCGUCACAUUACGAGAAAGCAACAAAACGCGUGAUUGCUCAAGCGGGGAUCAAAUAACAAAUCAGAACCGUCUGUCCACGUAUGACAAUGUCCAGUUAAACCAUCAGAACCUGCAGCAGAACCACGUCACCAGCAUGUGUCUUAACAGCAGCUGCGAGGACAAGCAGAGCGUAGACAGCGCAACCUGGUCCACGUCCUCAUGUGAAAUCUCUCUCCCUGACAACUCCACUUCCUGUCGCUCCUCCACCACCACCUGCCCCGAACAGGACUUCUACGGAGGUCACUAUGAAGACCUGGAUGGAGCAGCACAGGACAAUGAGCCUCCCCAGACUGGUGGAGGAGGAGACGGCGAGGGCAGAAACAGCAACAGAGACGGAAGUGGAGACGGAGCAGGGAGGAGCAGUCGGGGCACCAGCAGUAGUGAUAAUAGUGAUGGUUACACUGUUGGUAACGGACCCGGCAGUCACAGCGCUCUGCACAGUUUGGUGGCCAGUCUUAAACAGGAGAUGAACAAGCAGAAGAGCGAGUACGAGGCCAGGAUAAAGAGCUUGGAGCAGCGUAACCUGGAGCUGGAGACGGAGAUGGUGAGCCUCCACGAAGAGCUGGACCAGGAGAGGAAGAAAUACACCAUGGCUGAGAUCAAACUGCGCAACGCUGAGCGAGCCAAGGACGACGCUGAGCGGCGAAAUCAGAUGCUGCAGAAAGAAAUGGAACAGUUUUUCUCCACGUUCAGUGACCUCACUGCGACUGGCAACACCCCAGCUGCCGACCCCCGCCGACCAGAUCGUAACAACGCCAUCUGGAUACAGUGAGGGAAGACUGGAAAUGGUUUAGUAUACGAUGAUGAACAUUGAGAGGGCUCCAAACAGGAUUUGGCGGCUGGUUUUUUGAGGGAAAGUUGGAAAGUUACAAAAAGGUUAAUGGCAUGUUUUAACUUAAGAAAUAGGAGGUGUAGGGCUAAUGCAAGCCACCUGUAUAAAUGUGAGCAUCACCUGGAGUGAUGCCAGACUGACAUUAUCUGUAAAUACAGCAUUAUUUAAACGGCUUACGGACUCUCUAACUUACACAGAAACUGUGCUGGUGGUCACUCAUCUGACUACAAAGAGGAGUAAAGGCACAGUACGCCGCAGUCUUUGACGAUAGAUUAGUGUUGUAGCUGUUAGAGCCUCAUUGGAGGAGAGGCAAAAAAGGUUGUGGUCAGCAAAAAAAUAAAACCUUGGACCUGAAAACACGAAAAUGACACAAAAAUGCCUCCUUUCUUAAGUCACUUUUAAAAAUCUAACCAAAAACAUCUUGUUUCAUGUUAUUCUGUAUCGUGUACAUAGAGGGAAACAAUGCAGAAAAACAUGUGUCAUAUGUAUGUAAAAAGAAACAUAAAUGUUUAUCUGAUAUUUAAGCAAAGCUAUCAAUGUGCGAUAUUUUCUAUUAAGAUUUCUCCUUGCACUUGUGUCUGUUUAGUCUUUGCAAGGCGGUACUGAAUGUUCUGUCGGUCAAUGUGUGCACCAUUUAAAUUGGACAAUAUACUUUAUUAUGUGCCUGUGCUUAUGUGCUGUUUCAUUUACCCCCAUGACCAAAAAAAGAGCCUGUACUGUAAAUAUUUUCUAGAUAAUCGUAAACACUACUUGUUAGCCUGCUCUGUGGUUUGAUGCGGAUGGAUUCGGCACGUAUUGUAUUGAUUAAAGAAUGUUUUGUAGCUUGUAAAGAUACAUUUUAAAAUUUGCACGUUGUGUCAUUGGCAUAAAUCCCUGAUAAAAUGCAACACCUAUUCUGAAAAUGUUGGGACACUGUGUUAUACAUAAAUAGAAACAAAAUGCAAUGAUUUUCAAAUCCUUUUUUAAACUAUUUUCAUUUGCAUAAAGUCCAAAGACAAGAUACUCAAUGUUCAAACUGAUAACUGAAUUGUUUUAUGUAAAAUAUACUUUUAUUCUGAAUUUGAUUCCUGCAACCCACUCCAAAAAGUUGUAACAGGACUACCAAAAGACCUGGAGAGUUGUGGAAUGCCAACAAUGCCAGUGCUACACCAGUUUAGAACCUUACACAGGUAAACUGUAUUUGGAAAUCAUGAUUUUAUGUCCUCAAAGUUAAAGAGAAAAAAGACUAUUUUGAUUAUUACCAGUGCAAAGUUCAAAAGCCAGCAUCUGUGCUGGUAUAGAGUUGUGUUGUGCCCAUGGCAUGACUAACUGAGACAUCUGUACAGGCAUCAUGUAUGGUGAAAGGUUCAUACAGGUUUUGGAGCAACAUAUGCUGCCAUCCAGACGAUUUUCUUAUUUUUAGGGACAUCCCUGCUUAUUCCAACAAGACAAUGAAACACAUUGUGCACAUUUUACAACAGGGUGUCUUCAUAGUAAAAGAGUGUGGGUACUAGACUGUCCUGCCUGUAGUCCAGACCUGUCUCCACUGAAAAUAUGUGGUGCACUUUGAAACACAUAAUAAAACUUUGGAGACUCUGGCUUGUUGAGGAACCGAAGUCCUAAAUUAAGCAAAAAUGGGUAAGAAUUUAACUUUCAUAACUUCAACUAUUAGUGUCCUCAGUUCUCAAAUGCUCUCUGAAUGUCAUUAAAUGAAAAAGUGAUGCAACACAGUGUCAAACAUGCUCUUGUCCCACAGAACACGUUGCAGGCAUCCAAUUCAGAAUGAGUAUAUUUACAAUAAAAAGAAUAAAGUUUAUCAGACUAACCAUAAUAAUAACCAUUAAUAUCUUGUAUUUGGAUAGUAAAGUAGGUCAAAAUGGAUUUAUAAAUCAUUCACACAGCAUCUCUACUUUUUUCUAAAUUGGGUUUGGAAGAAUAUCUGUAGAAAAUUAUGAAUUCCAGCUCCCCAUUAUCAGAUGUGUAGCUGCUGUCAUGUUAUGAAUGCUAUUGGGAAUUACAGUCUGAGCAUACCAGAUGCCAGAUUUAAAAACACUCUCUUGUCAUCUUCUGACAAUUUAUUCACCUGACACAACUGGUUUUCCUCUUAAAGUAGCUCAGAAUAACAACCUACCUACAGCAGCACUGAGCUGUGUUUGUGGGUCAUAAUGUGAAAAAAAAUGUGGAUUACAGCAUCAAGUGUGUCAACAUUGGGGACAUAGAUAGCAAGCGUUGUGUGUGCAUGAUGGUGCAUGAGUCCAUGCUGGGCCGGUGUACAAUAAGUCAAUGUCUGCAAAGUGACUGCAUAUUGAUGAAGUCUUUAUGAGUGAACUUAUGUAGCUUUAAGCCAAAUGUAAACACACAAUGUGGAUUCACUGAUGGGUACAAAACAUCUGACCCGAGCUGGACUUCUUUUCCUCUGAAGACCAGGUCCAAUUUAAAAACCUGCUGCUGGCCAAUGCAGGACAUCUGGAAUGUGCACAUGGAGAGGAGAGAAAAAAGUGCCUGAACAGCUGAAGGAGGGAAAAGGAGCCUGCGCUUCUCAUUUUGCACCCUUCACCGGGAAGUAAUAGGCUUAAGUCGAGCUGACAGUGGCACCUCGUUCUGUGAAUUCCACACAAAAGAGCAGAUUAUGGACACAGGGCAGGAGGGACAGCAGGACUGGGGUAGUGGAAUAUUUUCAUGACAUGAUACUUGAUACA